AUGGCCCCCUCCACGAUCAUGUCGCGGCAUGAGGUCGACGAAAUAACGUUGACAGAGAUCUCAAGGGCCCGCAAUCCGGCUAUACACACCAGAGCCAGUGUUCCAAUUUCUCUUCAAACUCUCUCCAUCUCUACCCCUAGACCGCUUUUGUAUAGCUAUUCGAAAGUCUCCCGCCAAGGGAUAAUACAGACUGUCACCAACGACAGUCACUGCACCUUGCGUUCGCCUGGCAAUGUGGAAGAGUACUUUCAUCUUGUUAGCACCCACCCCAUGGGUUUGGGAACACCCCUAUGUCGAACCGCAAUCAUUGACCCUGGAUACAAAGAAUUUUUAACCUGGUGUUUACCUAUAGACGAAUCUGUAACCCAGGAAUUUUGGGCAAAUCUAUUCAAAGGUUCAGCGUCAAUAUUCCCAAACUUCGAGACGGAUUAUAUUCCUCAAGCCUCACACAUACUAUAUCGCAAUUUUAUGACCAUGAUGGCGGUUGACUGUCGUACUCGUGUCAAGUCCGCAUUUCGGAAAGAUGCAGCCCGUUAUUUUCAACUGUCCUGCCAACAAAGUGCUACAUCUGCCAUUAGGAGAAUUGGCAAUGCUAUCCUGCGACACUAUAAUGAGCAGGCCACUGAGGAGCAGCUGAAGGCGUAUGCUUCUCUUUCAGCGCUUUCAAUACGAGAGAGAAUUACAAACGUGUUGUUCGGUGACAAAAAUAUGGCGUUUCAACUAAUGUCGAAUUGGCUCAAAGCCAAUAUCUUCAACGGGAUAGAUUUCAGUCUCGCAAUACUGAACGAAGCUUCCACACAAGAGCGAGGAGGGAAGCGCGGCCAUCCAACAUAUUACCACUCGACAGGCUGGGAAAGUGUAGAUUCACCUUUUGUUAUUCCUCUCUUUACAGUCAUGGGAAGGUACUACGCCGGCGCUGUCUUGCGUUCUUCUGAAGCGUACGUGGCCAAAAUUGUUAGAGUGCUUGGACUCGUUUGGACCAGCGGAGAAGAUUCUGUUGAUGUCAAUGAAUGCUAUGGAUUAGGGUUGCGUAAUCCACGUGCUCCAAGACAUUGGAAAAGUGGGUCAGAGCUGUAUUUCGGAGACGUUUACGGGUUGGCUCCUGUCGGACUUUUUACGCGUUAG